GCUGGCGCCGCGCUGGCGUCACUUCCGCCCCUGCGGGCGGCCCCGGCGGAAGCGGCGACCCCGCGGCGCGCGGGGGGCGGAGCCUCUUUCCCGUGCGGGCGGCGAGGAAGAUGGCGGAGCUGAAGGUUCUGGUCAUCGACGGGCGCGGGCACCUCCUGGGCCGGCUGGCGGCCAUCGUGGCCAAGCAGGUGCUGCUGGGCCGGCGGGUCGUGGUGGUUCGCUGCGAAGGGAUCAACAUUUCCGGAAACUUCUACCGCAACAAACUGAAGUACCUGGCGUUCCUGCGGAAGCGGAUGAACACGAACCCCUCGCGCGGCCCCUACCACUUCCGCGCCCCGAGCCGCAUCUUCUGGCGCACGGUGCGAGGGAUGCUGCCCCACAAGACCAAGCGGGGCCAGGCCGCCCUGGAGCGCCUCAAGGUGUUCGACGGGAUCCCCCCGCCCUACGACAAGCGCAAGCGCAUGGUCGUCCCGGCCGCCCUGAAGAUCAUCCGCCUCAAGCCCACGCGCAAGUUCGCCUUCCUGGGCCGGCUGGCGCACGAGGUGGGCUGGAAGUACCAGGCGGUGACGGCGGCGCUGGAGGAGAAGCGCAAGGAGAAGGCGAAGCUGCGCUACAACAAGAAGAAGAAGCUGAUGAGCCUGCGGCGGCGGGCGGAGCGCAACGUGGAGGGGAAGAUCGCGCCGCUGUCGGCGGUGCUGCGGCAGCACGGGCUGCUGCUGUGAAUAAAGGAGCGACACGGA